AUGGCUCCUUUGAAAGUUUAUGUCGCUAGUAUCACAGCUAAUCCAGAGAUCAGGAAACGAGUUCAGAGAACUUUAAUGUUAUUAGAUGGCUUAGGCAUACCUUUUGAUUCCAUUGAUAUUGCAAAACCUGGAAACAUAGAGCAUCGUGUUUUCAUGCGGGAGAAUGCUCAGAUGAAAGAGGGAGAUCGUGGCGCUCCCAUGCCUCCUCAAUUUUUCCACAACGAUGAAUAUCUAGGGAAUUACAGUGAUUUUGAAGAAGCUGUUGAGAAUGAGCGUUACACGGAGUUUCUGAGAUUAGUUCCAAACAGCAAACCGCCUCCAGUUGAGGAGGAGAAGGAAGAAGAGAAGAGCAAAUCUAAAGAUGGCAAGGCAAAUGAUGACAAGAAGAAAACAGAUCCGAAAGAAGUAGAAGCCAAUACGGGUGAAGGUGAAGACGAAGAAGAGGAAGAAGAUGAAGGCGAAGGCGAAGGCGAGGAGGAAGAAGAUGAAGAGGAAGGUGAAGGUGAAGGAGAGGACGAAGAGUGGGAAGAAGAAGAGGAAGGAGAAGAUGAGGAAGAGCCUAAAGCAGAUGCCGUUCUAAAGCUUCCACCUCCUAAAGAAGAUACGAAAACAUCCGAGAAAAAGGAAGAACCGAAGAAAACUAUAGAAGAUGCGAAAAAGCCAGUUGAAGAUCCCAAGAAGGCUGUAACGGCAGCGAAAGAAGAAGAGGAAGAAGAUGAGGAAGAAGAAGAAGAAGAAGAAGAAUAUGAGGAGGAAGACGAAGCCGAAGCAGAAGGUGAAGAUGAAGAAUGGGAAGAGGAAGAAGAAGCUGAAGAAUAG